AUGAAGAACGAAAAUGCAAGCGGACACAAAGCACCGUGUUUGGAGGAAGGGAGAUCUUCCCGAUCAGCUGUGUCUGACGUGUCCCCCAGCUCGGUCAGGAGUGUGAGGUGUGACCACACAGCGGAGAUCCCAGCGAGCCGUCUGUGGCCUGAGCUCCCGGAGAGUCCUCUGCUGAACUCCACAUCGCUGGCUAACGAUGAUUAUGCCUGCACACCUGUUCCUCAAGACCCAGCCCAGAAAAAGGACAUGGGACUAAAAGAGGCUUCUGCUGACCAUCAGCAGCUGAAGAACGCCCCUCAGGUUUUAGGUGACGGGCCUCUACAGGAGCAGCUCAGACAGAUGGCGGAGAUGUUGAUGGUUGCGUCGGGGAGGGUGUUUGCUCGUGCUCCAGCAGCGGUGGAGAUGCGCAGCGCGUGCGUCUGGAGCUCCCCGGUUCAGCAGACGGAGCGCAGCACUAAUACCUCCGCAGCGCUCGAGGUUUCCGAUGCCUGCACUUCGACUGACUCUCUGCUGUGGAACCUGACUCCUGGAGAUCUGGAGCACGUGUCUCGAUCGGAGUUGGAGCAGAGAUUGACUUCCACGCUCGUCAUGGUGGAGGUUCUUUCCCAGCAGCUCACUUCUGCACGGGCUCACGAUCCCAGCAGAGACGCUUCUCCAUCAGACCUCAGAGAGAAACUCAUCCAGACGGACCACACAGAGCUCACACAGAAUGGGACGUUCAGAGAUCUGUAUGGCAUUGCUCUGGAGAGAAUUCAGAGUCUGGAGCAUGAUCAGGAGCUUCUUCUCAGUUUAUAUGACGGCGUUCAGGCAGUGAGGACUGGGAUGAAUUCGUUUAAGUGUAGCACAGAGGAUGCCAUCUUCAAGAUGAAACAGAUUGGUGAUUCAGUUAAUGUUGAUCAGGAAACUUUAUCUAGACAGCUCAGUCAGAUGAAGUGUGUUUGUGGGAGGUACAAGGAGACGCUGCGGAGGAUGGAGCAGAAGAUGAAAGACAUGACGCAUCGCAUGGACGAGGCUCUAGAGCAGAGAGAAGCGGCCUUCAGCGUUACGCAGCAGGUGAGGGACUGUCAUGCUGCUCGGGUGGCAGAGCUAGAGCACACUGCUGGGUCUCACCAGGAGCUGAUGACCGCUCUUAAACUGGCCUACCCAUCACUGGUUGAUCUGAGCAAGUCAUGCAUGGAGUCCAUCGGUGCUGCAAAUGAGCAUUUGAGAAGGAAGCACGAAGAUCACACGAGCUUGUUAGCGGAGCUGAGAAAGGCUCAAGAGCUGAUUCGGAGGACGAACCCAGUGCUUCUCCAGCUCCGUCAGAGGAGUGUGACUGCUGUGGAGAGCAGAGGACAGCAUCAGGCAGAGAGAGACCGAGCCGUGCAGGAGAGAGACCUGGUGGAAGCUGAGCUAGAGCACACCAGGUCAAGCUUGCGUGAUGCCAGGCAGCAGGUUUCAGACUUCAGCACGCAGCAGAGCAUCAUGACUUCAGAGAUGUCUGUGCUGAGAGAGCAGCUGAAUCAGGCAGAAGAGGAGCGCUUUCAGCUGCAGAGGAGGAGCGCUGAGCUCUCAGCCACUGUCUCCUCCACGCUGGCCUCCUACACCUCCCUGGAGCAGACCCUCGCCUCCCAGACCAGCAAGACACACUAAACAGAUAUUUAGCAGAAUAUUUUAAGAUUAGGCCACAUUGAGCUGCACUUACACUGUAUGAGCGAGAAACAAAAACAAC